AUGAAUUUAUUAAAUUAUGACUUUAUCGCCAAAGAAAAUUUGAAGUUUUUAAAAACAUACAAAUACAAAGGCACAGAUCAAUCGUUGCUGUAUAACUAUGUCCUCUCACCAUUUGCUAAUUGGUGUUUGAAGUAUGUGCCUUUAAAUGUGGCUCCUAAUACACUAACCCUGUUGGGACUCAUUUGCAUCAUAAUUUGCCACAUAUUAUUUUAUUUUGUGAUGGGAGACAACUUUUAAGGAACAAUACCGGAUUGGUUAUUGUGGACAACGUUCAUUUUACACAUGAUCUAUAUGAAUUUUGAUAAUUUGGAUGGAAAGCAAGCAAGAAGAACAAACAAUUCCUCUCCUUUGGGCAUGAUUUUGGAUCAUAACUUUGAUUCUAUGAUUAUUGCAAUCUAAGGUACAAAUUUCGUCACAUGUCUAUAAUGUGGACAAUCAUUAUUGGCAUUCUUAUUAAUAUGUGUUCCAACUUAUCCAUUCUAUAUCAUAGCACAUGAAGAAUAUUACACGCACGAAAUGAAUCUACCGAUAAUUAAUGCAGCUGCAGAAGGCACUGUUUUUGUAGGAUCAUUAUUUGCCAUAAAUGCAAUUUUUGGUUGUGAUUUUUGGACAUAGAAAAUGCCAUAAUUUUAUAAUUUAUAAUUCAAUACAGUGGCAAUAAUCCUAUUCUUUUUUGUUGUGGCCUUUGGACUACCUUAUGUGUUCAAGAAAAUUACAAAAUUUGUCCCACUCUCCCAAGCCUUAAAAUCUCAGAGGUAUAUGCUAUUCAUCGGCCUGGUCUUAUAUUAUGUUAUCCUCUUUUCUCCAAGUGAUGUUGGUUCUAGACACAUGAGAGCAAUUCUCUAUAUUUUUGGUUUCACCAUGAGCAAAGCAGUGGGUAUUGUGGCUGUAUAUCAUGUCAGCAAUUAAGAUUUGCCUAAUUGUUUGAAUUCUAUUUAUCUCUUCUUAAUAUUGCUGUUCAAUACGAUAUAUGGACAAGUUUUUGGAAAAUGCUUAAUUGAGGAGGGAUUGUUAUUAUAAAUAACAGCUGUGAUAUCUGUACUUGUACACAUCCAUUUCUUGUACAAUAUAACUAGAUAAAUUAGCGAAGCUUUGAAAAUUAAAGUAUUUAAAAUCAAUAAAUGA